AAUAAUACUGAUUAUAAGAGAGGGUGCUGGCAGAGCAUAAUCAUAUUAGCAGGCUUAGUCACCGACAGUGAGAUUAAUUUACUUAACCAGAAACCCAUUCAGCAGUAUUAAAUUCAUAAUGACAGAAAGAUACAAGGCAAAACUUCCACUGCCUAGCUUUAUUGGUUCAUCCAUUUCAGGCUUGUGCUUAAAGCAAUAUCACUCUAGUUGUCGUGCUAAUCGAGUGUUAACACUCUGGCAGCCUCAGAGUUUCAAGCUGUUCAUAGCCAUUAGCAUGUGAGCAUCAUUAAUUAUCAUGAUCAUGGAUUUGAGGAGCUGAAUAUGGGCAAUGAGAUGGGCAACAACAAUGUUUCUGGGCUGAAAGAAGAAGAGAGCAAACCAGGUGAAGCUGCAGGAAGUUCUGCCGGAGAAGGCGAUCGCGUAGGAGAUAGGAAGGGGGAAAACCAGAUAGUUCCCGCAGGGAAAGACAAAGAUUUUCAUGAGAAAUCUGAAGGGUUGUCUUCUGAGCAUCCAUCAGACGGAAAUGCUCAAAUAGAAUACAACGAGGCUCCCUCUUCAGCUGAAGACGAGAACCGUGUUGACAAGGCAUCAGAGACAAAUCUGGAGGAGAAUGUGUUGGGAGCAAAUGAUCAGGAAAUUGGGGAUCAGACAUCCUUUAGGCAAGAGGAAGAAGGGGCAAGAAAUUCGACUGGUGAAACAAAAUCUGCAUUACUCAAUGAAGAACCCCUAGAAUCUGCAGCAACAGAGGGUAAUCAGCAGGAACGUGGUGAAGUUGAAGCAAAGGGAAACAUGGACGAAAGUGUUGUUUCAGAUGCUGAAGUGGAUGAGACAGCAACUGAAGAUGAAUCAGUAGUUACAUGUACUGGUGAUGAUGAAGGUGAAACUAAUGCUGAAGGUGAGGUGGAGAAUGGUUUGAGUGCCAUGGAAUUAACAUCACAGAGUGGAAUUGACAACACUUGUGAUGAAGAAGUUCCUGGCUUGGUGGAAUUAGCUAGGAAUGGGUCAUCAAAGUCAUCAGAAGAAACUGGUUCUGAGAUAAAGUCAUCGAUAUCUCCUGAAGAAUCUUAUGAUCCACAAGAUGAAUGCAUUGUUCUCACCGAAGAUAAGGAGAGAAAGACUCAUCCUCGGCCUCAGUUUCAUGAGGGCGUGGAGGAUGAAGCCAAGGCUGAUGAGGGUAAUGCCUCUAAAACUGAUCCGGGAAAGGAGAGCAUGGCUGAUUCUUCAAGGAAUUCUACAGUUGAGAAAGACAGCCAAAGCCACGAAAUGAUGGUAGCUGAAAAUGGUUACCAGAAAGAUACUAGCAAUGGGGAGGUAAAAGAAAUGAGCAGAGAUUUGGAAGAAGUAAUUCAAAUGGAUCCUGAAACUGGAAUGGUUUCAACGGAAAACAACCAUGCUAAAGAAGAAGAACCAAAAGAAAAGGAGGUCAUCGAUGACAUGGAGGAAAAAACAGAGAAUAUGCAGGCACUGGAGAGUGGAAUAGAAGCAACUCACCUAAUUGAUUAUCAUUUAUUGGCAUCUUCUGAUACUUCUCCGAAAUGCCCGGAUCAAAAUCAGGAUUCUGAAAUUGAAAGCAAUGCUGUGUGUUUGACAGAUUCAAAACAAGGAAGGUGCAGUCAGUUCAUUGUGAAUGGAUCUUCAGUUGUUGAUACGAACAACUCAGCUGAGCCAGCUGUUUUCUCUGAAGUUGGAUUGCAGAAUGGGAAAGCUGAAGAAGAUCUACAAAGGUUUCCAGGGAAAAUGUCAGUCACAGUUGCAGAAACUGAAGCCGUAGCACACCAGCCUACUGAGGAGAAAAGUGUAGAACCUAAAGCAUCUGAAGCAGAAGAAAGUUCAGCAAGGUUCAGUACAGGAUCAGUUCCAGAGAACCCAAGUGUUGCAGUUGAGCUUAGGAAAUCGCCGAGUUUCGGUUUUGAUCUCCCGCAUAAAACCAGGUCUGAAGAGUCGGAUCAAACUCCAUUGUUGCAUCAUGACAAAAGUGCAUUCGGAAGCUUGCAGUACGAGGCAAUCUCAGUGGAAGAGAAGACCAUCCAAGUGGAAAGAAGUGAUUCAGAUAAGUCUAGAGCUCCAUUUCUGAACUUCUUGAAAGAAGAAGAGAAGGCCAAACUCAUGGCUAAGUCCCAGAAAGAAGAAGAUGACCAUGAAAAGAAAGCAGUCAAGGAAUCUGGUGCAAUAACAAAGAGGAGCGGGAAGCGAAGGCCGCGGCCUUCGAUCUUCAGCACCUGCAUCUGUUGCGCAGCUGCAAUCAAUUGAAAGAUCCAAAGCAUUCAGAAUCACAAGUUUCUUCAGCUACAUUUGAUGUUCUUGGUUAUCAUGGCUAUGUUUUUCUGCUAGCUUUUUGAGCUUUCUGCAACCAAAGGAGGAGUGAUUAUAGCUUCGGAAAUUACUAUCUAUUGACUUGUAUUAAUUGCUGGAAUUCUUUUUUGCCUUGGCUUCUUGUAAUUCUAUAUUCUGAUUCAUUGUUUGUUUGUGUGGGACAAAUCUGUAUGAGUGAUGGCAUUGGAGGAAGAGAGGGCGGGGGGAUUGUAUUUUAGCUCGUUUGCUUGCCUUUGAUUGUAAUAUUUACUUAAUACUUUCAGAUAAAAUCAUAUGACUUCUA